ACCCAGCAUACACUGCUGUGGCAUGGCGGAAACUCGGAUUCAAGCGAUAAUAUUCAAAUAUAGAAGCUACUGAAUAACUUGACUUGCUUUGCUCGUUAGAUAUAUCGGAUCAGACCUGUGAUUGAUAUGGGAGACAGUGAAGCACAGCCAAGCAAAGAUGUACAAAAAGAAAAGGAGGGAAAUAAAUGUGACUUGUGCAAUAUUUGCUACUUGAAUGAUAGUGAUCUGCUUGAACACUAUUGGUCCUUAAUGCACCACAUCAGACUGGAGCAGAGAAAAAGAAAUUCCGUCCAUACUUGCUCGCUAUGCUGUGAAUCAUGUCCAACGUUGCCAGAAUAUAGCAAACACCUAAAUAAUGACAGACAUCGCAGGAGGGUGGAAGAAGAGCGUAAAAAUAAGACAACUUCAUCUGCUUCCAAAACUUCCAGGUCAUUUACUACCGAUGACCAAAGGUCACCAAAUUCUCAUACUGAUGGUGUUGAAGAGAACUUUGACAAUGACUACGUAUGUCAACAGUCGAAUGUCAAAAUGGGACCCCAGUGGCAGAACACAAACACAGGCAGUUAUAAUCAGAAGUGGGGCAAGCAUCGAAACUGGAAACGGAACAUUUCUCCCAACUCAAAUUUUGACUCGAGGUCACAGUGGAAUGGAAAUAGGGAUGGAAUGUAUGAGGAAAGAAAAAGUCCUCUUCCUCCCAAUAAAUGGCAUGGGAUGGACCCCCCUCACAGUAAUUGGCAAGGAAUGGAAACCCAUUCCCUUUAUAACUGGCAAGAAAUGGAUCCCCCUCACAAGAAUUGGGAAGGAAUGGAACCCCCUCCCCACAAUAGCUGGCAAGGCAAUUACCAGCGUGGUGGUCAUGGAAGAGGUGGUUAUUCCAGUCACUGGAGAGGUAAUUUGUCCUGGAGGCCAAACAACAGGGACAAAGGCUCAAGAAAUUCUUCACUGAAUACAUCUGGUAAUUUAAACAGGAGCUUCAGCCCUGUGCACUUUCAAAACAGUUUUUCAAAUAAUAGUGGAUUGAACUGGAGCAGACAGAAUACUUCUGUGACCAACAGUAGCAGAAGUUACAGUCCUGAUUUCAGUGACAAUAGCUAUGAAGGUGGCAUUGACUUUAACAGAACUGUGCAAAAUCAUUCUUUGAAUGCUGAUAGAAGUUUUGGUGGCCCUCCCAGCAGAAACGGACAAGAUAUGAAAAAACAAAGAAGUAAGAAUAAAAACAGUCCAGGAUCUAGAAAAUCUAUAAAAAACAAGGGAAAUUUCAGGUACCACAGAUCUGAGAGUCCUAGGUAUAGUCCAAGAAAACCUGAAAAAGAUUCAUCUGUGGUGCUGCCUUGUAAAUCUGUAGGUUUAGAAAAGUCUGGGAAUAAAGGUUCGAGAGAAAAGGAUAAAACAAAUUCAUUAAACAGUAGUAGAAAUAAAAGUCAAAUUAACAGUGGUGCAAGCUAUCAGAAAAGCAGCAUGUCUGAUAAUAACAGUGGUGGUGUUAAAGUAGAACAAAUUAAAAGUACCCCAAGGCAAAGAAGCAUGUCUUCAGAUUCUUCCAAGAUUACUGAAAAAUAUUCAGCUUCGCCUGUAACCACUUUUGAAAAUAGAAAAAGGACAAAUUCAUUAAAUAAUGUCAAACUGACAAGUGAGUCCAAUGCUCCCAAAAAGAUGGAUAAAGUGAAAGAAAUGGAGUCAAAGUCCAGCUUGCCUGAUAGCAAGCAUUCCUCAGUGUUAGCCAGAGCUGAAGCUGUGUGUAAGGAGAUAAGAGAGAGACGCUUACUGAAACAGAAGCAAAUUCAAGAAGCUGGGGUAGCUGAGAUCUCGACAGGAAGAAAUCAAAUGAAUCCUCUUACUGAUCAGGAUAACCCAGAGACAAAUAACGGGAAACAGCCAGAGAAGAUGGGCACAAAAGUUGACACUUUUCACAGUUUGAGUACAAAUAGCAAACCAGUAGGUCUUCCAGAGCAGUCUGAGAAAAAUGGUGCUGAUGAAAGCUCUUCUCAGACUUUAAGUCAGUAUGGCAAGCAAGCAGCUUUACCUGACACUCUGAAGAAACAGUUAUGGAAAACCAAACUGGGUGGAAAGCUUUUGAGAUCUUCCAGUGAUCCUUAUGACAAAGAUACCUUGAUUAAAAUGGUAAAUGCUCCAAGGUCCAGGAAAGACCAAAUGCGUCUAGCACAAAUGCUGAAAACUAAACCCCAGUUGAAGUCACAAAGGAGGUUUAAUCUUGCCUUAGAACCUCCAGCAAGUGUGGACGAAACCAAAGACUUGGAGAUGGAAGACCUUCCUGAAGAGGUGAGAAAUCAGAUAGCUCACCUCAUUGAGCUAGACGUCCAAAGUGAAGACGGUCAACAAAAUCAAGAGAUCUCAGAACCAAAUGUGGAGUCCAUUUCAGGAGAUCCACCUUUACAGUUGCUAGAUCUAUAUUCUGCUUCAGUUGAGAAGAGUUUGGAUACCACAAAAGAUGCCUCAUAUAUUCCCUCUUCCUCUUCACAAACUCCAAUAUCUACCCUGUCAUCUAACAUAGCUGGAAAGAGUUUGGAUACAACAAAAGUUGCCACAUGUAUUCCCUCCUCAUCCUCAUCACAAACUAUUUUAACUACCCAUUCAUCAUAUAUAGAUAAUACAGAUGGAAAGAGUUUAGAUACAACAAAAGAUGCCACAUUAAAACCCCUUUCCUCAUCCCAAACCCCUUUAACUACUCAUUCAUCUUAUAUGGCUGGAGAAUUGGCAAAGAAUUCAAACUCUGAAGGUAUCCUUCCUGUUCAGCCCCAAGAAGUCACAGUCAAGAAAGAGCCAGUAGAUAAUUUCAUAGAUGAAUCUCUAAACAGACUUAAUGCAGCAAUUUCAGACUUCAAGAAAGAGAGGGUAGCAACUGAUGUCACCACCAGUAGCACUAUUGAGGUCACAUCAAAGAGGAAAAGAACAUCUUCAGUCAAUCCAGAGGAGACUCUCUCAGAAACCACAACAGAAAAAAUGGAUCCAAAACGCUUCAAAAUAUCCAGUUCUUCUCCCUCUACUACUGCCAGUGUCAGUCCUUCAUGCCUGCAGCCAGUCUGCCAAACUGAACAUGUCAGUGUGGGACCCAGGCCAGAGAUGGCUCUUCCUAGCUCACAGCUGGAAGCUGAAGUAUUGAAGAAUCUGAAAAAAGAGCCAGUUCCUGAUGAACAUUCCAUGACAGAUGCUAUUACACAGCCAAUAAAUCAGACCCAAGGAAGUAUUGACAUUCCAUCAGGCCAGGUCCCUGUGAGGUCUUUCACUUCUCUCUCAGGAACAGAGUCUGAACCAAACCAAUUGACCCCACAGCCAGGUGCAACCUCUGCACAGGAAUAUCACUGUAUGGGAAAGGUACUUGAGAUCUCAUUAAAGGAGGAGGAACUGAGAAAACAAAUGCAAGAUGUAGAUAAACAUAUUGAGAAGUGUGCUGUCAUCUUAGAGAAAACCAGGAUUAAGAUGGAUGUCCUCAAGCAGAAAAAAGCUGAGCUUCUUAAAGAAGAAGAAGAACUCAGAAACUGUAGGAUGCAUAUUUUGCAUGGGGCAGUACAGAACAGUAACAAAGGAACAUCAGAGUCCAGUUUUUCCCUCACGAGUGUUACUCCCAGUGUCCUGGAGCAAUCAGAAGCCCCCCUGUCUGGUCCUUGCUCCAGUACCAUAGAAAUAGACGUGAGUGUGAUCAAAUCUGAGCCUCCAGAUGAUAGCCACUGUGAACCAGACACCAGUAUGGAGCUAGGGUGGAAUGUUUCUGCUGCUGACAGUUCUAUUGGCCUUGGUGAUCAUGUGGACCAAACCAGCUCUGUCCUGUCAGUGUCACAGCUCUCAGGAACUCAGCCACCUGCUGACAGGGAUUGGAGUAAAAAUUUAAGGAGGAAAAAGAUGGAAAGUGACAAAGGUCAGAAGUUGAAGAAUGAUCAUUCAGAAGAAGUCGUCACCUCAUCAACCACAUUACCACUGUCGGAAAUUGUAAAAAAUAAGCAGAUCACAGGUGAGAGCUGCAAGGAUAGCCUUGACUUGAGUGGGACCAAGAGUGACACAAGCAAGGGGGGAAAUUCAGAACUAUCAAAAAAGAGGACCAAAAAGCAAGAGAAGAAAAUGAAACAACUUGGUGGAAUUGGAAAAGUGGGUGAGGGCAACAUGGCAGCUUCCACUGAAGCAACAGAACACUCCAACCUGCCAUACACUAUGCAGUACAUGGGAAUUCUAGAAGAGAACGAGGAGUUGUCCUUAGAAGAAAUGGCUGUCAAUUUUGCUGAGCAACAACAUGCAUCGUAUUUAUUUCUGGAAGAGUCUGAUUUUGAAAAGCAGACAAAUUGCUCCUUGUCAGACAGUGAAGUUCUCCACACAGCAGAGAGAUUAGUGAACAAUCCAAUGGUGUCUUCUUGGAAUACCAAUGAUUCUUUCCAAGAUAAUGUACAGGACUCUAAUUAUGGAACUUUGUCCAGUAGCUCAGGGCUGUUAUCUGGAAGUGAAGUUUUCAAGAAACCACCAUCUCCUAAAUUCUCUCCUAAAUUACCUAAAAAAAGGCAACAGGAGACAGUUGUGACCAGCCCGCAAGGCAAAAAUAAAACCCGUCAGAUUAGCCCGUCACGCUCUUCCAAGACCCGUAGUAAAACCACUGAAAGUUCAAAUAAUCUGGAUAGAAUCACAGAGGUUUCAUCAGAGGAAAAUGCUGAAAACUCAAAAAGUAAGAGGAAGUGUAAAAAGAAAGUAUCAGAAAUUUACCCUGAUCCUGCAUCUCCUGUUAAGAAGAAACUAAAAACAAAACGUCAGAGAAAUAGAACUUUAUCAAAACCAGAUGUAUAUGACAUCAGUUCAGAGAGUGCACUAGAAGACACAGAUCAAGAAAUGGAUAAUGUUUCAUCCAACUCUUAUAGAAAAGUGAGAAAGGGAAUGGAUAAAAAGAAAAAAAGAGAAGAAACUGGCAAUGAUCCUAUAUAUGUGGACUCGGAGUCAGACCAGUCCUCUGAGACAAAUAGAGCAGGAACUAAUCCUAGCAGCCAAGAAAAGAAAAAUAUCAAAAAAAGGAUGCAUAUUUGUCCAAAGAAAGCACAGCUAGUAAAGAAUGCCAUGGAAAGAAAUAUUAGGGCACAAACUAUGGACAAAACUGAGAAAGGUACCAGUCCAGAUACCAGUGGAGUAAUAGAGGACACUUGCCACCAGUUUGUGGUCCACAGUGCUAUCUCAGCCAUGCAGAUCUUUGCAGGAAAACUGUAUGCCGGAUGUCAGGAUGGUGUGAAAACUUUUGAUCUACAGAGUGGUGAGGAGUUUCAGUUUUACAAGACCAGUUCCUCCAAGGUUCUCACCUCUCUCCAUGUGACAGACUCUAGAACCAAGGUCCCUUUCCUUUAUGUAGCACAGAGUGAGGUGCUGACUGUGUUUAAUACCCAGUCUGGGAAGAAAAGAGAGGUUUCCUUUGAUGGGAAAAUCACAUGUUUUUGUGAAGCUUGGAACUUCUUAUACAUCGGCUUGGACACUGGAGAAGUCAAGACCAUCGACUUAAAGACUCAGAGACUGUCAGAUUCCUUUGAGUUGGUGGACAAGGCAGUGAACAGCCUGUGUGGUGCCAGGGAGGGCUCCCGUCAGCUGCUGUGUGUGGCCUCCAGCGAUGCUCUGGUCACAGUGAGAGAUGCCAGGAGUGGACUACUGCUGAGGACACUCAGAGUGACCACAGGGUUACCUGUCUCACUGCAGGAACACAACAAUUACCUUUAUUGUGGCACGUCAAAGGGAUCUGUGAUUGUGUUUGAUGUCCAGAAUGGAGAGGAAUUACAUAGGUUCCCAGAUCAGGUAGGAGCUGUGUAUCACCUGCUCAUCAACAAUGGCUUGAUAUACAUAGGGGGCUAUGAACAUCUUCUCAGAGUUUUUGAUAUCAAGACUCGUAAGUUUCUCCACCUGUAUUAUGGUGCUGGCAAUGGUGUGGUCAUUUCCUUGGCUGUGACUGAUGACAUGCUGUACACAGGGACUAGAGAGGGAAUAGUUGAAAGUGUCAAAGUUGAUCCUCAUACUACACACAUGUGCAAGUUUUCUAGUUGCGAGUAUCGUUUUGGCUGCCAGAAGCAUGUAUUACAUCAUCUGAUGACAGAUCAUUUAUAUCCCAACCGGCCCAUAGUAUGCUGUCAAUGGGAGGGCUGUACUGAGUGGAUAUCAGUCAGAAAUGGAACAGAGAAGGCAUAUGAACAUUUUAAGGGCCAUUUGGAUCUGUGAACAGGAGGGGUGUGAAUUAGAUCUGAUUUUGUCAAAGACCAAGAAAAGAUUUACAUAUGAGCAUUCAUCAUAUCUAGAAGAGUAAAAUUUGGUAAACGUGUACAUCUGCAGAGAUUCAUAUGAUGAAGUGGGUGUUUUGCUUACCUCCUCAUACAAAGUAAAUGAUGCUGUGUGUGUUGCUCAUGGUGCCUAAUUAAGGACUACAUAGCAAUUGUAUGCUUUGGUGCUUAUGAUACCUGAUGUUUGUAAUUGACAUUUGGAUAUCAUUUUCAUGUUAAGAGGAUUAUGUGUGUCAGAGUAUUUAAAAUUUCCAUUGUCAUGGAAAUGAAGUUUAGUGAUUAAACCCAUGUGCUGAUUCAAGGAUGUUAAAGAUUGGAGGUGUUAAAAUACUUUUUCUAUUUGUUGACCUUUUGUAUGUAUACUUUUUUUAAUCUUGACCAAAAUGUCCAUUUGUAAGCAGCUUGUCUCAGUCUAGAUAAUUGCUCAAGAGUUAUUUGGGAGGCAUUUUGUAUUUUGUCAUGUCAUCUCAAAUCUGCUUGUGUUAAGAUUAUUAUUAUUAUUUUUUUUUUUGUCUGCUGCUGAUGGCUUAUUUUGGUAGUUGUAUUUUCAGUUAUUUAGGUACAUGUAUAGAUAUGUUUUCUGUGUCAGUAGCAUUUUCUGUGUCAGUAAUGCAAUAUGACAGCUCUUCAUCUUAAUGCUAGAUGCUAUAAUGACGAUAAUAGAAAUGUGUUGGCAUUUGCUAGUAGAUAACUUUCCCCAAGUCUUUAUGGGGCCCUUGGGAAAUGAGGAAGUGUCCUUUUUUCUUAAACAAAGUUUUAUUUUGUAAUAUUCUGUGAUUUAUGUAGUUGGAUUAAUGCAAGGUUGCAUUUCGGAUUUAAGAAAAUAGUAAGGCAUUUGUUAAAAUUCCUUUUUUUUUAAGCUGAAGUGUGAAAGAAAUUGAUAGCAAAUAAUGUUUUUAUUUAUUUACAAUUCAUGUAAAUGCAGUAAACACAAGGACUUUGUCAUCAUGUUGAUUGAAUUUCUAAACUGCCAUGUUGACCAAAUAAAUAUUUUU